UUUGACUAAUGUUUUGAUGUUCAAAGUUUGUUUAUUUAUUUAUCUAUUUGGGGUCCCAGGAGUGCAAGCAAAUGGAGAAGGGUGGAAAUUACUAUGAAUUCUUCUAUAAUACAAGAAUGGUUAAGCCUACCAUCCUUCAUUUUCAGCUGAGAAACUUAGUAUGGGCAACUUCAAAACAUGAUGUCUACCUCAUCUCCAACUACUCAGUUAAUCACUGGUCAUCGUUAAGUGGUAAUUUGUCCGAGAUAAUCAAUUUUGCAGGGCAUGUGGCCCCUACUGAGAGAUAUGCAGGAAAUUUGUUGGAAGGAUUUUCACAGACCCAGAUUAGCACAUUGGCUGUCAAGGAUAAUCUUCUUGUUGCUGGUGGGUUUCAAGGAGAGCUUACUUGUAAGCGUUUGGAUAAGAAGGGAGUAAGCUUUUGUACACGGACAACACAUGAUGAUAAUGCUAUAACAAAUGCAAUUGAUAUAUAUGAAAGCUUGAGUGGCGCAACACAUCUUAUUGCUUCCAAUAAUGAUUGUGGUGUGAGAGAAUAUGACACACAAAGUUUUCAGCUUUUGAAUAACUUCCAGUUCUCUUGGCCAGUGAAUCACACGUCAAUCAGUCCAGACCGUAAGCUUAUGACUGUUGUUGGAGAUAACCUAGAUGGAUUGCUAGUGGAUCCACAAAAUGGGAAGACUGUUGGCACAAUGGUCGGUCAUCGAGAUUACUCGUUUGCUUCUGCAUGGCAUCCGGAUGGACGUACCUUUGCAACCGGGAAUCAGGACAAGACUUGCAGAGUAUGGGAUGCUAGACACUUGUCAUCUCCUAUCGCCAUUCUCAAGGGUAACCUAGGGGCGACCCGGUCUAUUCGAUUUUCUUCAGAUGGCCAAUAUAUGGUGGUUGCUGAGCCUGCAGAUUUUGUGCAUGUUUAUAGUACAAAGGCAGACUACAGAAAACGUCAAGAGAUUGAUUUCUUUGGGGAAAUUUCUGGGGUUUCUCUGAGUCCUGAUGAUGAGUGUAUGUAUAUUGGAAUCUGGGAUCGGACUUAUGCAAGCUUGCUACAGUAUAAUAGGAAGCACCAAUAUCAUUAUCUUGAUUCUAACAAAUAUAAAUACUCAUAA